CGCAAACCUCGAAAAAACAGGGUCGACACGACAGCGCGCCGACGGCAGCGCGCUGAACGGAUCGCUUGCUUGUGUAAUCAGCACAGAUCCCGCGCGCCGCCCGCCACGCAAACUGCCCUGCAAUUGGCACCGCAGCGGCUGAGAUAAGCGCAAAACCCUCGGCAGCCCAAAAACACCGCAGCAAAGCAAGAUGAAGGGCGCCAUCGACAUGUACCGCAAGAUCUCCCCUGAUCUGGUCGUAGCGACCAACAGGGGCGGCGCCUUUAGUAUUGGCGCUAUUGUUUUAAUGAGCUACCUCGCCUUCGUCGAAACGUGGGCCUUCGUGGGCUCUGGCGAUGUCCGAGAGAAAAUUGAUGUGGAGUUAGGACUCUCCCCGGCGCGGAUCAACAUCGACAUCGAGUUCCCCAAGCUCAACUGUGAUGAUGCCACCGUCGAAUUGUGGCGCGGCAAAAGCCGAGCGGCCACUCAUGGAUUGGAACGAACUUUAAGAGUAAGGCGCUUCGACGACGCCACGAAGAGAAGUCAGCCGUAUAGGAAGAUCGUGGACGGCGUCAAGGCCGACACCUCUGAUAUGCCCGGUUGUAAAUUGCAGGGAUUUAUUGCCUACGAGCACACCUCUCCCGGUACCGUCGCGAUCAGUGCGCCGGCGGGUUCCGAUCUCAGUCAUCAUGUGGUAGAUUUUACAUUUGGCAUGCCUCUCAGUCGCUCCCAGAGAGCUGGUUUACGUUCUCUACCAGAAAGGUACGCGAAAACCGAAGCGCCUACGCUCCAACGAGCGAGGUAUCUCUCACCGUCCGCGGACAAGGUCUUCCACCACUUCGUGCACGUCGUACCGACGAAGUAUCAAUUGUCGAAUCGGCGGGGCUUCACGGCCUUCCAAUUGCUCCACCAGAACCACCUAUCUCAUCAAGAAACAGAGGGCGAGACGGUCGUGACGCGCUUCGGGUUUGACAUUAGCCCGAUGACGGCGCUCGUCUCAAAUAGAUCCGCCAAAAGGUGGUACGACUACAUCACGUCGCUUUUAUCUAUAUUGGGUGGAGCGUUCACCGUCGUGUCGUUACUGGAAAGGUUCGCCGGCGCGCUGGCCUAGGGGGUCCCUGUGGAAUAAGUGAAG